AUGAGUCACAUCUUAUCUAUUAACAGUCCAGCAUUCACGUACCUCUACGGAUUUACCCUUCGUUUAUUUCUAACACAGGAAUAUGCCAUGAAGACAGAAAUGGUCGGAGGUGACAAGCUAAAAUUGCGUCUCAAAAUCGAAGUGCUUGUGCUAUCUCAAUGCCAUGAAGUUACUAACCCUGAGAAGAAAAAACACUUUGUGCCAUUUAUUGACAGAGGGAAAACUGACGAUUUCAAGUUUCUAGUCAUGGGGCUCGUCGGCAAGUCACUUGAAGAUAUUCGACGUACAAUGCUCCUUCGAAACUACUCGAAAGCAACAGCCAUGAAUGCCAGUCUACAAACGUUGCAGUCGAUAUGGGACCUACAUGAUCUCGGAUACUUGCACAGAGACAUUAAACCUCAGAACUUUGCCAUUGGCCUGGGAGAACUUGAGAAGACUAUCUACAUGCUCGAUUUUGGUAUAGCUAGAAGAUACCGCGCAAAAGAUACCAAAGAAGUAAAAGUAGCUCGCUUAGCGGUGAAAUUCCUUGGUACGUUGCGCUUUGCUUCACGAGCUUGUCAUCUCGGUGUGGAGCAAGGAAGGAAAGACGAUUUGGAAACAUGGGUGUACAUGGUAAAAACGAUACUUGCCGUGUAUAGUUUGAAUGUAGAAAAUGCCCGCACUCACAGCACUGAGAAACUCAUAUAA